UUCAGACCUGCUUACUCUUGGAAAUAAAUAACGGCGUAACUGAAGCAAAUAUGGAUGAAAUAAGGACAGACGAAAAGGCCACUAAAGCCCCGGGAAUGGAGAAAACAGAAGAGUCAUUAAAAAGUCUUGAAAAGAAAUAUGAAGACGUAUUAGAGAAACACAAGGAAUAUCUAAGAGACGGAGAAAAGAGGGAGAAACCCGGUAAGAAAGUCCCAGAAAUAUGCCUUCCAAAUCGCCUGCCAAGAAUGGAAGUCCAAGGCGACGAGCAGUUAAGCGAAGGCGCAUCAAUGAAGUCAAAAAUCUCUUUGCUGGAGAGUAAGAUGCAGGCUCUCACCUCGGCUCUGGCACUGGGAAAGAAGAGAAUGGAGGGGAAUGUUUUUCGUUAUGAAGAGAGACAAACUAAGAUGGAGCAGGAGAAUGUAAAGAUUUGGGAGAAGGACCGAAAACUGGUGAUUUACCAGGCGGAAGCCAAUAAACGGAAAUUGAAAAAUGAAGAAUUAGAGAAGGAGGAGCAUUCACUAACGAGAAAAUCUCAAGAACUGGAAGAAAUUUGCCAAGAAUUGAAUUCGAAAGAGAAGGCUGCCAUGGAGAAAAUAGAAGAUUGUUUUCGUAAGAUCAAAGAGGAAGAAAUCACUGCCGAGAUCGACACGGCAUAUGAGCGAAAAUGGACCAAGGUUCACGAAAGUCUUAGCCAUUGCGAUCGUCUGGUUGAAAUAAGCAACCAGGAAAUUCAAGAACUGAAAGACGACACACCCAUGGUGACUGCAGAUCGGGCAGACAAACAAGAACAAGAUCCAAUUAAUCAAAAAGAAAACGAGUUGGUGAUGGUAGAGUCUGUUGAAAUGGGUGAAUCGCCCCCACAAUUGAGUGAUUCUCCUGUUGUGAUGAAAGAAAUUAUCCUGAGUGAUUCUCCUGUUGUGGUGAAAGAAUUUAUCCUGAAUGAUUAUCCAUUAUUCGAUGACGUAACAAUGCAAGACUCUUCUUUGUAUGUGGAAGACAUUGCUAGGCAUGAUUCUCCUGCCUCAACAGAAGAUAUUAUAGAUAUUACAGAGUAAAUGUCCAACACAUACUCACAAAAGCUAAAAGAUGUUUUUUUUUUUCAAGUAAGCCAUCUGCCAAACCACAUGAUAUUUCACCCACGAAUGAACCCGUGAAUAAAUGUUUCCUGAACAAUAACAAGAAAUCUGUAGCAGAAAAAAAAUGGAGUGGGAAAAUCUGUAUGCUUUGUCCAAAGAUAACCAGUAUUUUAUUUCUUUAAAAAAAUAAAUAACAUUAAGUUUUAUAUACAUUGAAGCAUGAGUAAUAUAAAGCAUUCUGAUUAUACUUUUAAGUUGUCUAAAGAAGAAUCCAAACAUUUUAAUAAAAGUUCAAUUUUGUUUAGCUAAGACAAGUUUAAUUUAGUAAUUAGGUCUGUUUAAAACAUAUCUAAAAAAAGGUAAAUUGAUUUGUAUUUUACUAGAGUUUAUGGUUUUAUGAACAUAUUUCUACAUUAAAGUUUUUUUUUCAGGUGUUUAUGUAUGAUUUUACUUUGUCCGGGAAGAAUAAUUGUGUUUCUCAGUGUCUCUGGUUUAUUUUUCACUAUUUCUCACUUACUGUAAGGUCACCCAGGAAAAAUAUUCCCAAUAAAAUUCCUUCAGA